AUGGCGGCGCCCGUCAUUCCGGAGAGUGACAGCAUCCGCAGAGCCGUGUCGCUAAUCAACGCCGUGGACUCGGGUCGGUUCCCGCGGCUUCUCUCCCGCCUUCUGCAGAAACUGCACCUGAAGGCUGAAAGCAGCUUCAGUGAAGAAGAGGAAGAAAAACUUCAAAUAGCUUUUUCAUUGGAAAAGCAGGAUCUUCAUCUUGUUCUCGAAACUAUAUCCUUCAUUUUGGAACAGGCAGUCUAUCAUAAUUUGAAGCCUGCUUCAUUGCAACAACAGCUGCAAAGCAUUCACCUGGAUCAAGACAAAUCUGAAGCAUUUGCCAGUGCAUGGGCAGCUGCAGGUCAAGAUACGAUUGAAAAGUUCAGGCAGAGGAUUUUGACCCCUCAGAAGCUUGAAACAAUUGGAUGGCAGCUUAAUUUUCAAAUGGCAGAGUCCACGCAAGCGAAGCAGAAGUUUCCUCGAGCCAUGUUAGAGCUGGGAGUGAGCAAUGAAGAUUCAAAGAGCCUGAAGAAAGUGUUUGUAGAAUUUAGUCAUCAGGAGCUGUUUGAGUUCUAUAACAAGCUGGAAACUAUACAAGCACAGCUGGAUUCCCUUACGUGA